UCAGGCUUCACUCUCAAUUGAACAACGGGGGAUCCUAGAGGUCAAAAAUCAAUCGACGAUGAGCGAAGAAAAGAAAUCAGUCGAGCUCUCGGGCGAUAUCGACUUCAUUGAGACUCCGCCAGCCAAAGCCUCCCAAUUUGAGACCGGCGAGGAUUGCGGAAUUGAGGUGACCAAGGCCGCCGCCAUCCCCAACCCCCCAUUGGCGGUCGAUGGCCCCGGCAACGAGAGCUUCUCCAACUAUUUGCUUGGAGGCACCCUCGUUGGACUCCCGGCCUUCCUAACCUGGUUCUUUGGCGGAGGGGCAAAGACGUUCGUUUUCUUCUUCUUGCUAAGCGUCCUUCCUGUCCUGGUGGCGUUUUGGACGUACGCCUCGACUUUCAGCCCGCGCACCAAUGAGAAGGUGAAGCUUCCGGGCCGUCCGGUUGAGCACUACAUCACCUUCAAGCGUGAAGAGGACAAGGCGAAAUGGCAUGGCAAGAACAAGAUCCCCAUGCAGACCUUUGCGGAAAUGUACCUCGACGGCCUUGUGGAUUUCAAUGGCGACACUCUCGAUGUUAUGGAGUACCGCCACGAUUGGGCCAACUUUUCGUUUACCUGGGACCUGUUCAAGUUUAUUGUUGGCACUUUCUUUGUCGACGUUCUCUUCCACACCAAGGCUCAAGAUGAGGAGCAGGUGCGUCCUAACUAUGACAGUGGUAAUGAUCACUACGCUUGGUUCCUUGGACCCCGUAUGAUCUACACAUCCGGCAUCAUCUCGGACCCCGAAAAGGAGGAGACGCUGGAGGAAAUGCAGGACAACAAGAUGGCUAUUGUUUGCGAAAAGAUCGGUCUUAAGGAAGGCGAGACCAUGCUCGACAUCGGCUGCGGCUGGGGCACUCUAGCUAGAUUCGCCAGUCUGAACUAUGGCGCUAAAGUCACUGGACUCACCAUUGCCGAGAACCAGACAGCCUGGGGAAAUGACGCUCUCCGCAAGGCUGGCAUUCCUGAGGAGCAGAGCAAGAUUCUCUGCAUGGACUACCGCGACGCCCCCCGCACCAAGUUUGACAAGAUUACGCAGCUCGAAAUGGGAGAACACGUUGGUAUCCGCAGACUCACCGGCUUUUUCCGCCAGUGCUAUGAUAUGCUCAAGGAUGAUGGCGCCAUGUACGUUCAGCUUUCCGGUCUCCGACAGGCGUGGCAGUACGAAGACUUCAUCUGGGGUUUGUAUCUCAACAAGUACAUUUUCCGCGGCGCGGACGCUUCGACUCCACUGUGGUAUUACGUCAAGUGCUUGGAGCAGGCCGGUUUUGAGGUCAAGGGAAUCGAUACUGUGGGUGUUCACUACUCCGGUACCCUCUGGCGCUGGUACCGUAACUGGGUUGGUAACGUUGAGGCAAUCAAGGCCAAGUACGGCCCUAGGUGGUACAGGAUCUGGGAACUGUUCCUCGCUUGGUCCGUCAUCGCCUCUCGUCAGGGUUCCGCCACCUGCUACCAGAUGGUCGUGGUUAAGAACCUGAACUCGACUCAUCGCAUCAACGGUGUUGCCUCUCAGUUUGGCCUCGCCGGAGCCCUUGCGGCUAGCCGCGCUGCUGGCAAGUCUCGGCUGCCUUGAGCUGCUGUUGGUGAAUCUGUUAUCAGAAGUAGUAAGGGCCACCCGAGUGCGACCCUGAACAGGCCUGUGGAACGGCGAAGUGAUUGUAGGACCGAUGGAUAAUGAGCUGACGCCACCCUGCCAGACCCUUCCCAUAUUAUUUGGCGUGACAAGGGGCCCAGGAAAAGAAUGUUGGCUAUCGAAAGAGCUAUGUAUUAUAUGGUGUGAUGUACGACACGAUUAUGAACAAAAAUAUAGAAA